AAGCAUUCAUUUAUUUAAACAUGUUUUAUUUUACUUUCAAAAGAUAAAGAUCUGCAAGGCACAGAUGGUUCUGGAUGUCUGAGUGGUGUUGAUGUUCGAAGACGUAUCCCCAUCAAGUUAAUCUCUAAACAGUCUAACCGAAAUAGGAUCUCAUCCCGCAUUCAGAGAAAUAUGAGCAGAAAUUCUACAAAGUCUCUAACUGCAGAUGAAGAAGGAUUUGACUAUAACGAUGAUGGGAGCUAUGAAUGCAAAUCUGGAGAGGUGUUUGGAAGCCAGCAUCGAUUUCCUCUGCAGUUUUUCUGGGAUUUUAAGAUAAAUUUGCUUGGAGAGAAAGAUGACACUCCCAUUCAUUUCUGUGAUAAAUGUGGAUUGCCAAUUAAGAUAUAUGGACGCAUGGUGAGUGACAUCCUCUGAAUAUUGUAGUAGAUG